UCUCCCUUCCCCUCUUGUAUUCGCACUGCAUGCCUCUCACUCUCCCUCUCCCUAGCGGUCUCCACAUGUGAGAAACGCCUCUCUAGUAAUUAAGCAGCAUGGCAGAGAAGUGGUUUGAAUUGCAGAUGUCGACGCUAAUCAUCGUGGUUGACCUUGAUUGCCGCAAGUGCUACCACAAGAUCCGCAAGAUUCUCUGCCAACUGCAAGACCAUGAGAGGAUCCGCACCAUCUCCUUCGACGACAAGAGCAAGACGGUCACCAUGGUGGGCCCGUUCGACCCGCAGCGGCUCGCGUGCAAGCUCCGCUGCAAGGGCGGCAAGGUGGUGCGGGACGUCUACAUCGUCGACGCCAACGGCGGCGGCGGCGGCGGCGGCAAGCCUCCUCCUCCACAGAACGUGCCGGACGACGGGCCACCCGCGCCGGCGCCGGCGCCAGUGAGGAGCGGCGGGAAGAGCAAGAACAAGAACAAGAACAAGCAGCAGCAGCAGCAGCAGCCGCCGCCGACCGAGCGGCCUCCGUCGCCUCCGCCGCCGCCGCCGCCGGAGACAGCGCCGGGACCUCCGCCGCCCGAGGCGAUGAUGCCGCCGUCCCCGGUCCACGUCCACCACCACCCGCCUCCUCCGCCUGACCGCGGGAUGGCGGCGGUGGUGCCUCAGCCGCAGUACGUGGAGGAGAGGCCGCCCAGAGCGGAGCUGGAGCCUCAGCCACCCAUGUCUCCCCCGCCGCCCAAGGAGAUGAGGCCCCCCAUGGACCUGCCGCCGUCGCCGCAGCACCAGCACCACCCGCCGCCGCCAAUGCCAAUGCCGAUGCCUGGGAACGAGAGACCGCCGCCGCCGCCGAUGCCGAUGCUGAUGCCGGCGGAGUGCGUGAUCCCGACGGUGGAGAUCCCGUCGUGGCCGGCGGCGCCGCCCGUGGGGCCGUGCGGGUGCCCGUGCUGCGCGCCGUGCUACCAGGGCUACUACGAAGGCUGCAGGUGCUACUGCUGCGGCAGGCUGUACGGCACGACCGUCCGCCCGUUGCCAGCGCCGUGCGGGGCCUACAGGGGCUGCCGGACGUUCAGCGACGACGACCCGUCGGCGGCGUGUAGCGUCAUGUGAAGAAUGGUGGUGGUGUUGCUUUGGAUUUGACAGGAACAUGCAUGGUGAACUAUACUCUUGGAACGAAUAAAUAAAUGUGUUCAUUAGGCAGGGGGUUGCGUUUUGCUGUCCAUUGUUCGUGUCUCUCCAUGACUGCUCUGCACGGAUCGGAGCAUAUGUUCUUGCUGUCAACGUGUGAUUGGCCAUAGCUAGUUACUAUAUGAGUGUUCAGUGCUGUUCAAGACAAAUGGGAUCGGAUUCUUCAGCUAAUAAAGUCUGUAAUUUAUAUA